UAUCAGGACGAGAAUUUCUCCGGGCUGUGCUCCCCCCACUCCACGGCCCCCUGAGGAUGCGCAGCUGCUGGGCCAGGGCCCCCCCUGGUGCAUGAGGCUGCUGCUUGCCCGAGAGCCCCCGAGCACCUGCACUGACGGCCGCGGCCGUGCCAGGAGCCAUGUCAGGUUCCUACGACGAGUCGGCAGCAGCCGCCGAGGAGACGACCGACAGCUUCUGGGAGGUGGGGAACUACAAGCGCACAGUGAAGCGGAUUGAUGACGGACACCGGCUCUGCAAUGACCUCAUGAACUGUGUGCACGAGAGGGCCAAGAUUGAGAAGUCCUACGCCCAGCAGCUCACUGACUGGUCCAAGAGGUGGAGACAGCUCAUUGAGAAAGGCCCCCAGUAUGGCAGCCUGGAGAGGGCGUGGGGUGCCAUCAUGACGGAGGCGGACAAGGUGAGCGAGCUGCACCAGGACGUGAAGAACAGCCUGCUGAAUGAUGACUUUGAGAAGGUGAAGAACUGGCAGAAGGACGCCUACCACAAGCAGAUCAUGGGGGGCUUCAAGGAGGCCAAGGAGGCUGAGGAUGGCUUCCGGAAAGCGCAGAAACCCUGGGCCAAGAAGCUCAAGGAGCUGGAGACAGCCAAGAAAGCUUACCACCUGGCCUGCAAGGAGGAGAAGCUGGCAAUGACCCGGGAAGCCAACAGCAAAGCAGACCAGUCCAACACCCCCGAGCAGCAGAAGAAGCUCCAGGACAAAGUGGAAAAGUGCAAGCAGGAUGUGCAAAAGACUCAGGAGAAGUACGAGAAGGUUCUGGAUGAGCUGAACAAGUGCACCCCACAGUACAUGGAGAGCAUGGAGCAGGUCUUUGAGCAGUGCCAGCAGUUUGAGGAGAAGAGGCUCAACUUCCUCAAGGAGGUGCUCCUGGAUAUCAAGAGGCACCUGAACUUGGCUGAGAGCAGCAGCUACGCCAACGUCUACCGGGAGCUGGAGCAGACCAUCCGCCUCUCAGAUGCUCAGGAGGAUCUCCGGUGGUUCCGCAGCACCAGUGGCCCUGGCAUGCCCAUGAACUGGCCCCAGUUUGAGGAGUGGAACCCGGACCUGACGCACACGAUAACGCGCAAGGAGAAGAUGAAGAAGGGUGAAGGGGUGACUCUGACCAAUGCCAGCAGCACGGGCGAGAGCGGGGCGUCAGCAGGAGAGCGCGGGAGCGUCAGCAGCCACGACCGUGGGCAGACCUACAGCGCCGAGUGGUCUGAUGACGAGGGCAGCAACUCCUUCAAUGCCAGCGAGGCCAACGGUGGAACCAACCCCUUUGAUGAGGACUCGGCAGGGAAAGGCGUGCGGGUGCGGGCGCUGUACGACUACGAUGGGCAGGAGCAGGACGAGCUCAGCUUCAAAGCAGGGGACGAGCUAACCAAGCUGGGUGAAGAAGAUGAGCAGGGAUGGUGCAAAGGGCGCUUGGACAACGGGCAGCUGGGGCUGUACCCCGCCAACUACGUGGAGGCAAUCUGAGUCUUGUGCUGUGCUCCUCGUCGCCGUCUGCAGAUCAACCCGCCCUCCGUUGUCUCCAUUCUCCGCCAGCCCACCGCCAUCGCUCCGUCUGCUCCGUCACUCCUCCCUCUUAGAGAUUCAGACAUAUUUUCCGACCGAGCUUUUAUUUUUUUAAGAGUUGUCUCCGAAGAGUAUUUUGCAUAGUCGCUUUUUUCUUCUUCUAAGAUAACGUGAAGCGAAAGACGACGCCGUCCGUUCCGCGCUAGCUGAUUUUUCCCAGCGAAAAUCCGAUACCUCAAGAUCUUAAAGCCCAACCAGCGACAGCUCCUCCUUGGUUGGUUUUUAAAGAUACUGAACUCAUGAGCCGCCUUCUGAUUGGCUGGAACUGUUCCGAAACGCACGGCGCUGGUCUCCUGGGACCAACCUGAUUCGCCCCUCUCUGAAAAGAAAAAGAGAGGCAAUGGGGUUUUGCACCUUUUAUUUUAUAACGUUUUCACGUUCUCUGCUCCGAUUCCUCCUCCAUCCCAAAAGGAAGGGCACAGACGUCCCCUCCUGCCCCACAGCCACCUCUCCCCAUCGGGGGGGAAGAGGAGCAGCCCCACCACAGAGCGUGGUGGCACCUCUCCAUCUUGCUCCUCCUCCUCUCCGCCCAGAGCUGUGCCCUGGGUGCUCUGCAAGGAGCAGCGCUCUGUGAGGGCGAAGCACAUCCCAAAAUGUCUCUUCUUGGCCAAGGACCCCACCACAGCCCCACACAGCCAAACUGGGAGAGAGUGGGGACCCUCUGGGUGCUGCUGGGAGGUUGUCCUCUGACCCCUUCCAGAGGUCCUGCAGGGGGAGAGAAACUGCAGCCGCGCUCGCUCCGUUCCUUCACCCGCACUCUGUGUAGAGC